AUGGCCCCCAAAAUUUUCAAAAUUCUCAAAAAGAGACCCAAAGACAACAAUCCACCCUCAAGACCCAAUUGUAAUUCACCAAACGCAAUCGGAAUCUCCAAUUCUACCUGCACAGUAAACGGCGACCCUUUCGACGGAUGGAAACUCCCAAUUCCAGCACCAGACCAACGUAUCCUCAAACCCAGCGCCAGAAAACGCAACCCCCAACAAGCAAGUCGCUUCUUCCAGCUCCCAAUAGAAAUCAGAACACUGAUCUAUACUGUGCUAAUGGGCAAUCGACGCGUACAUAUCGAGCAUGCGUGGAUGAUGCAGUCGCCAUUUGUCCCGGAACCAAAGCACGACCUGAAGCGCUGGGAUUGGUGGCAUGGCGUUUGUCAGCGGAGUGGGUCAUUUGUUGAUGAUCGGUGUUGGGAUCGUAAGGAUGAGAGGUAUGCGAGUGAGUUUGAGGGGUUGGAGAGCGUACCAGCGGGGACGAAACUUGGAGGCGUGGAGUUUUUGAGAUGUUGUCAGAUUGGUUAUGAGGAGGCAUUGGCGGUACUGUACGGGACCAAUAUCUUUAUUCUGCGGAGCGGGUUGGACACACCGUUUAUCAUGUCGAGGCUUUUAUCGCCGGCCUGCUCGUCUCUCAUCACGUCUAUGGAGGUCUCUUUUGAUUGCUGGUAUAAAAUAGACCGAACGCCGCAGGGCGCAGCUUGGGAAACGAUUUACCCGGGCUUGUUUGGUUUGUUCGAGCGUUGCUUCUGUAGAGUUCACAAGUUGUGCUUGACGAUGCAUUUGCCGGGAUGGGAGAAGGUGAGAGGAAUUAUAGACGAUAGCAAGAUAGACGAAAUGCUUGCGCCAUUGGAGAGACUUGCACAGAGUCGAAACUGGACUUGUUUAAAGCUUUGUGUUCCGUCUGAUUGGAUCGCUUGCUUAAUAGGCAGGGCGGAGAAGCAGAGCAGGUGGGAGUUGGCGACGACUGACUGGUACGAGCGCACGGCUAUUGUUGAAGAUGUAGUAAAAUGA